GGUCGUGUCUCGACUUCGAGCGUGGUGAUGAGAGAAGGUGGCUUGCUGUCGGGGAUUAGUCAAGAGCUUGUGUUUAUCACGUGAUAUGACACGAUAAGGGGGAAAGCUGGUUCCCAGCUUCGGAACAGGCAAAUCCUCCGGGGCGAGAGAGAAAUCUGGACCGGACGCCCUGCGGCAGCAAGAAUUCAUUUAUAGCCCUCUUUCCAGCCUCAAACGUCCUUCCGUCCUCCAUUCCUUGUUUCCCGCGCUUCUCAUAGCAAUGUCAUGAUGGAUCUCCAGGAGGCUCAGCGGGUCGUCCUAGCCUGCUUGCAGGCACUGGCAAACCAGUUCCAGCGAGUUCCUGGGUCGGCGAUAUUCAUACGCUACGUGAAGUCGAGCUAUCAGAAUGAUCCGGUGCGGUCGGCUGUGGAGCUAUUUUUGUUUUUGUUCGCUGUGAGAUAUCUGUUGGCGCCGAAGUAUUCGACGAAGCCGAAUUUUGUGUCUCUGUGUGAGGAGGAGAUCGAUGAUUUGGUCGAAGAUUGGAGCCCCGAUCCUUUGGUACCGAACCCGUCCCCGGACGAUGAAGCGGAGGUUGAAAAACGUGUAGUACUUGCUGGGGCGACCGGACCAAAAUCCAAACUCACGAACGGGCGCACCGUAGUCAAUCUCGCCUCUUACAACCACUUUAACUUUGUCGGAAGCGAAUUCCUAAAAGAAAAGGCAGUCCAGACUCUCCGGACGUAUGGCGUCGGUCCCUGUGGCCCUCCCGGAUUCUAUGGAACCCAGGAUGUUCAUAUGCGUACCGAAGCGGAUGUGGCGUCUUUCCUUGGAACUCCGGCGUGUAUCAUCUACGCACAGGCUUUCUCUACGAUCUCUAGCGUGAUUCCUGCUUUUUCAAAGAGAGGGGAUAUCAUUGUUGCUGAUAAAAGUGUUAACUUCGCCGUUCGAAAGGGAAUUCAGAUUUCAAGGAGCAUUGUUCGGUGGUAUGAGCACAACGAUAUGGAGGACCUGGAGCGGGUUUUGGCCAAGAUUACGAAGGAACAGGCGAAGAAGCCACUCACCCGAAGGUUUAUUAUCACUGAAGCGUUGUUUGAGAACCGUGGGGAUAUGGUGGAUUUACCGAAAAUCGUUGAACUGAGACUCAAAUACAAGUUCAGACUCAUUCUUGACGAGACCUGGUCCUUCGGUGUCCUCGGCAGAACCGGACGUGGGAUCACGGAACAUCAAAACGUCGACCCUGCGCAAGUUGACAUGAUUGUCGGUUCGUUGGCCGGUCCACUGAUUGCUGGUGGAGGUUUCUGUGCUGGUUCAGAGGAGAUUGUUCAUCAUCAGCGUAUUUCGGCUACAUCGUACUGCUUCUCGGCAGCAUUACCAGCUCUGCUUUCCACCACGGCCAGCGAAAGCUUAACUUUGUUGCAAGAAAGCCCAGAGCUACUCACGAUUCUAAGAGAUAAUAUCAAAGCCAUGUGGUCGCAGCUGGAUCGCAGCGAUUGGGUUUACUGUUCUAGCGCACCUGAGAAUCCGAUUAUGUUCUUGCCCCUGAAGCCCGAGGUUGUGUCCUCCAGGCGUCUUUCAGUUGAGGAUCAGCAAUAUAUCAUGCAGGAUAUUGUCGAUGAGGCCCUUGCCAAUGGCGUUCUCAUCACUCGACUAAAAACAAUACCCGAUGAAUCAGGCCCAAAGCUUCUCGGCGGCCAGGUACCACCGGCGCUCAAGAUCUGCCUCACGACCGGCUUAUCGAGAAAGGAAGUGGAGAAAGCAGGGACCAUCAUUAGGCACGCGAUUACGAAGGUCAUGAGGCAAAAGCGAUGAUUGAAUGACUGCAUGAUGCACAUCCUAUACGCGGCAACGGAUUUUCUUUCUCGGUUCCUAGGCAUGUCUUCUAUCCGGCUUUCUCCUUGCCUACCCGCUUCAUCACGUUGCCUCGGCCCUAACACGCCCUUCCUAGCCUGUUGGUUGGGCGCGCGGUAUCUCCAGGUGAUGCCGUGGAUAUUCACGAUACGCAUUUUUAAUAUAUCCUCUCGCCCCUUUGCCCUUUCUGCCCUAAAAGAUAUGUAAUCAAUUCCAUAGACACAUAUGUCCCAGUGCUGUUUUUCACGCCAUGUUUCGCCUUGUGCUCUUUCUGGCCGUUUCUCUUUUGAGUCGGAAAGGGGUGGCAAUAGUUGUUGUGUGUACCGCCUGCAUGAGUUCCGCUGUACAUUAUUAAUCUGUUAUGGAUGAAAAGUAGAGAAAUCCAAUGAUUAUAGAUUGCUGGAGUG